UUAUGAUAUAAUCUUAUAACGGAAGAAGCUUUAGUGUUUUCCAAGCUCGUGAAAUAAAGAAGUUCUGGUGGAGGCAGAUACUUACCAUUAGCAUAAUACCAACAAUGUCUUCCGAGCAAGAGAAGAAGGUUCAAGACGCAACGAAAGAAGAAAACAAAUCUUCUUUUGCUUCUCAAGAAGUUGCUGCAAAGCAGACUGAAGAAGCUAAAGCUGUGUUUGGCGAUAACAGUGAAAAGAAGGAUGAAAAGUCUGAACCUGCUUCCAAAGAGGAAAACAAGGAAGCUGGAGCAGAUGAGGAUAAUGAACCUGCUUCUCCAGAAGUUCACUUUGAGCCUAUUGUCAAGCUGAAUGCCGUUGAGACCAAAACUAAUGAGGAGGAUGAGGAAGUUGUUUUUAAGAUGCGUGCUAAGCUUUUCCGCUUUAAUAAGGACGCUAGUGAGUGGAAGGAACGUGGUACUGGUGAUGCCCGCCUCUUGAAACAUAAGAAAAGCGGAAAGACUCGCUUGGUUAUGCGACGUGAUAAGACCUUCAAAGUUUGUGCCAACCACUUGUUGAUGCCGGAAAUGAAAUUGACUCCCAACGUUGGCAGUGACCGCAGUUGGGUUUGGACCGUUGCUGCUGAUGUUAGUGAAGGUGAACCUUCUCCUGAGACAUUCGCCAUCCGUUUCGCUAAUUCUGAAAAUGCCAAUUUGUUUAAGGAAAACUUCUUGAAGUAUCAAGAAGAGAACUCUGAAGUGGCCAAGAAAAAUUAAUGGAUUUCAUAUAUGGUUUUCAUAAGGAAUCAAUAGAAUGGAUAUCAGUUGUGCAAAUGGAAUAUGUAGCAAUAAAGGGGAUAAAAGGUUAUAGUAUGGUUCAUCAUAAUCUGGGCUUCAUAAUAUAAAGUACAUAAUGUGUUUGGAAAUACUAAGCUUUUGUUUGCAAU